GACAUGCUGCGCUGCCCUUCCUGCCUGCUCCUCCUCUGGGAGCCGGUGACCGUGUCCUGCGGUCACUCCUUCUGCAAGCCGUGCCUCGGGGGGGCCGUGCCCUCCCGCUGCCCGCUGUGCCAGGAGAGGCUGAGGCUGCUGGGCGUCGGGGCGGCGAGGUGCAACGUGGUGCUCUGCGGCCUCCUGGAGAAAUGCGUGGAGCCGGAGAGCCGGCUGGCCUGGCUGGCCGCACGCGUCCGGGACCGUCUCAGCCGUGGGGACGCGCGGGGAGCCCUGAGGAUGGCUCAGAAGGGGGUCGAGCUGGCCCCGGAUGCCAGCUCCCUGCGGCUGUGCCGGGCAGAGGUGUUUGUGGCACUGGGACAGCACCCGCGGGCGCUGGAGGACCUGGACGCUGUGUGCAGGGCUGAGCCUGGAGAGCACGAGGGCUUCUUCAGGAAAGGGAAGGUGCUUCUGGAGAUGGGACAGAGAGCCGAAGCCCUGCUGGCAUGGAAGCAGUGCCUGAUGCUCAGUCCCCAUUUCCACCCUGCUCGGAGAGAGAUGGAGAAGAUCCUCACACGGGAGGAUGCUCCUCAGCCAUGCAGAGCUGCUGCAUGCCCAGGUGAUGCUCACCGGGGCUUGACCGGUCCCCAGGUCGAUGGAGAGAGCCCUGCGCUCUCAUCGUCUUCCGCCCAAGCUCAGGAUCAGGAGGGGGAGCUGGUGGAUGGCAGAGGGAAUGGCAGAGGGCACACUGAGUCCGAACACAGCCAGGGGACAGCCACCCUUUCCCAGCCGGGACGACGGCAGGAACCGGAGACUUUGGCAGAGAGGCAGGGCCAGCGGUUGGUAGAUAACGAAGAGCAAACAGCAGCAGCAAAGUGUACCCAGACAUGCCUCGGGGAGCUGCUGAGUGUAUCUGACUUGGAGUGUUCCCUCUGCAUACGGAUGUUCUUCGAGCCGGUGACGACGCCGUGCGGGCACACCUUCUGCAAGGAGUGCCUCGAACGCUGCCUGGACCACCGGCCCAACUGCCCCCUCUGCAAACAGAGCCUGAGAGAGUACCUGAAGGCUGGAAGCUACAGCCCCACUGUGCUGCUGCAGGACAUCAUGCUGGCCAUCUUCCCCGCACAGCUGGCCGAGCGCCGGGAGCUGCACCGGGCUGAGAUAGCAGAGCUCUCCAACCUGACCAAGAACAUCCCCAUCUUUGUAUGCACGAUGUCCUUCCCAGGCAUCGCCUGCCCUUUGCAUGUCUUCGAGCCUCGCUACCGCCUCAUGAUCCGGCGGUGCCAGGAGACCGGCACGAGGAGGUUCGGCAUGUGUAUAUAUGAGAAUGGGAAAAGUUUUGCUGACUACGGCUGCAUGCUGGAGAUUCGGCAGAUCGAGCUGCUGGCAGACGGGAGGUCCUUGGUGGACACCAUCGGCAGGCGGCGGUUCCGGGUGCUGAGCCGCGGGCACAGGGACGGCUACAACACUGCCGAUAUCGAGUACCUGGAGGACAAGAAGGUGGCUGGGGAGGAGCUGCAGGAGCUGCAGUGCCUGCACGAAAGCACCUACCGCUUGGCUCAGCGGUUCUGUGAGCACGGAGACCUUGCCUCCAGGCACAUUUUGAUGCAGCAUGGACCGCUGCCGGAGAAGGAAGAGGACAUCCAGGCUUCGGCAGAUGGUCCGACAUGGUGCUGGUGGCUCAUCUCCAUCCUGCCCCUUGACCCGUCCUACCAGCUGAACCUCUUCUCCACCACCUCCCUGCGCGCCCGCCUCACCCAGCUGCAGCGCAUCCUCGCCGCCCUGCUGCAGCAGCCCCCCGCCGGGCACCCGCUGCCCGAGCACAGCCCCAGGGGCCGCGUCUGAGCCCCCCGGCCCCCGCCCUCUCUGCAGGGGAGACCUCUACCCCCUUGGGUUUCUCUACGUGUUGCUUCACGGUUUUGCGUGUGGUUUGAGCUCCCCCGACAAGUGACCUCAGCGAUGAGCUGGGCACCCUCUGCCUGGCUCGGUGGGGCCGGUGCCACACUGGCAGCGACACUACGCCGUCCACGCUGCCUUCAGGAGCUGCUCAGUGACGCAGCCGUGCCAUGCCACCAAAGCGGGGACUGGGAUGGAAAGCUGGGUUGUAUCUUGGGAACCAAAAUCACUUUCUGAGCUGCUUUGGAGCUAAGGAGUAUUCUCCUUAGGGCAGAGGACUGAGUGCCAGGAUCACCUUGGUUUUGGCUCUUCCACUUCGAAGGAUAACGUAGGGAUUUUUGGUAGGUGGUCCUGCUCCAUGCAGCAGAUUUAGGGCCUUGGGAGAGGUGGCACUGGGAGGCAGAGAGGUCCUGACGGCUUCCUCCAGCCUCGGGAGCUGAUGGCUCUGCCUCCACUUAUGACUUUGACGUAAUUUCUAUUUGAAUGAGAAGAAAGGUUAAAUUAAUUGGAAACUCAUGGUCCUGCUCCUAACCACCUCCAUGGCCACACGGUGAGGAGAUGCUGCUCUCUGAAUGCACCCAGCUCCAGAUGUCCCCUUCCCACUGCUCUGCUCGGUGCUCUGCUGUGUUUGCUGUGCCGAGCUUGCCAGCCGCUUCCCCGGGCUGGAGCCGGGGAUUUGGCAGUGUUGGUGCUUUUCCUCCCACCCAAAGGCUGCUGUUCCUGAGCCUGUCUGGGUUCAGAUUGCAGGGUCAGAGCUGGGGGCUGGAAAGAGCUGAUGGUGCAAGGGAGUUAAGCCUGGAAGUGGUUUUGUGUGACUUUCUGCUUCUUGACUAGUGCAAUUUUCCCAUGUUCAGUGUUUCUUGUGAACUUUCUGCUGCCUCAGGAGAAAAUCAGGAUCCCCCAAAAGAGUACAGAGUGAAGUCAAAGGGACCCAAACCUCUGGAGCGGCAGCGGGGGGUUAGGACCAGUGACUGAGGCUGUGAGCCCCGUGUCAGGGGGGAGCAAGUGCCUGUCUGCAAGUGCCUGGCUGCUGCUUGUCUCUAAACACAGGGAAAAGCCUAUCCCCCCAGACAGACCGGGCUUUCCUCCAAGAAGGUUUGGGAUUUUUGUCUCCCAUCCAUAAUUUUGGUGGCUUUGGGUUGAAUUUUAGGAGUGACAUCCACUUAGUCAUUGGAUUAACAUUGCUUCCAGAAUUUUAUCCCUGCUUUUCUCAAAGGCUCUGCACCCCGUCUGGGGGCUCAGUAGGUUGUUGGAUAUGUGUGUGGGAGGGAAAAUCAGGCUGGGGCUACAGUGCUCCUUCCUGCACGUGUUGCUGGGCUGAGCGUGGGGCAGGAGGCUCUGGACACAGCUCCGGAGAGGUCCCUGCCCAGGGCCACUGCCUUUCCCUGUCCUGCUCUCUCCAGGAAUGAGAGGUCUUAGUCUCUCCUCUCCAGCAAAGUGCCUCCCUGGAGCGACAGUCAGGGGGAGCUGACGGCUUGCUCCCUAGGGACCACAGUGAGCACAGGGUGGCUGAGGACAACUCAAAGCUGGAUUUGCUCCUCUACCUUUGAGCCAUGUCCUCCCCAACUUUGCUGCUGUCUCUGCGGCACCAUGACUCCCCAAGGGGCUAUAUCCUUGGGAUGUCGGAUUGGGGUGGGCAGGGGUAGGUGACGGAGGGAUGCCUCGCAGUCCUGGGGCAGGUGUGUGCAGGUAGCAGGAUGCCACUGAAGUUUGGGAAGUGCCUUUCUUUUCUACAGGGUCAAUGUAAGCUCACACAGUGAUACCACCACCACCUCCAUCGAGCCCCUCACCUACCCUCCAAGUUGCCCAUUCCCCAGGUGUGGGUGCUCCCUGGGCUGCUGCGGGUCCCUCCAGCAAGGGUGUGGCACGGGGUGGGUGCAGGGGAGAAGCAUGGGUCUGCACCGUGUCCAUGCUGGGGGAGAGCUGGGGACCAGAGCCACAUCUGCCUGGCUGCUUUGGGAAGGGACUUGUGCAAAUCGUUUGGUUUGCUUGGAGCACCUUUGGGGUUUGUAUUAGUAUCUUUGCUCUUUGAAUUGAAUUUUCUUCCUGGUCAUUGA